AUGAAGAUGGCAAAUUUUGCGCAGAUUCCAACGAGCUUUGGUCACGAGCUUCGGGCUUGCCUUCGCUGCAGGCUCGUCAAGACUUAUGAUCAGUUUAGAGAAUCAGGCUGUGAAAACUGCCCCUUUUUCGGCAUGGACAAAGAUCAUGAGCGCGUAGUGGAAUGCACCACUCCUAAUUUUACUGGGAUAAUCUCGGUCAUGGAUCCAAGUAGAAGUUGGUCUGCUCGGUGGUUGCGCAUAGGAAGAUUUGUUCCUGGUUGUUACACUCUUGCUGUCUCAGAAGCACUCCCAGAAGAACUGCAGGCCAUAUGUGAGGAGGAACGUGUCCAAUAUAUACCACCGAAACGUGGAUAGCACUUUUCUACAGAAAUGACAGUAAAAGCAGAUAUAUGCAAGCACAGACACAGCUAAGGCUCAUCAACUUGCUCUUUGUAGGGAUUACAAUUAAAGUUUCUGUUGUGACCUUUGAUCAGGCAGUUAUAGCAUUUCCCAAUAGACUAAAUAUAGGUUUCCUGUAUUUGUCUGGGGAGUGAAAGGCUAAAGAAAGGUAUCUAAGGUACAUAAUAAUGUGUAUUUAUCCUUGGACUAGACUGAUUUUGUUGUUUAAUGGGUUUAGUGCCUUCUGGGUUGAUUCUGUG